AUGCAGCAACUUAAAGCUGCUAGGGCCAAUAAGCAUGCAAAGCAUGCAAAUUAUAAAAAUCUGGAUAACUAUAUUUGGUCGGAUAAUAAUAUUGAUGAAAGGUCUUCCGAUUAUUUUGCUGUUUUAUUGACAGCAGGUAAAAAUAUAAAUGUUUGGAAACCUUCGGGUAGAACAAUAUAUGUUGAAGGUUCUAAAAGAACUCAAAGACGCAAAAAAGCAGAACUAAAGAAGGCUGCACAAAAUACUCGACCUAUCACUGCAUACUUACCCCCUGCCUUAACAUCUUCUAAUGUUGCCUCGGCUUCGACUUCUACUUUUGGAUUGUCAACAGAAUUAUGUGUGCCAACUGAAGUAGAAUCAAUAGGAAGUGAAUCAAUGGAGGUGGAAUCAAUUGAGGUAGAAUUGGUGGAAUCAAUGGAGCUGGAAUUGGUGAAAUCAAUGAAGACAGAAUUGGUAAAAUUAAUGGAGACGGAAUUAGUGGAAUCAUUGGAGGCGGAAUUGGUGGAACCAACAGCAGAUGCAUCAGCUGAAAUUGAUGAGAAAACAACAAUGAGGUUAGCAAUUGAGGAGCUAGAUGGAUUAUUAAAAAAAAAUGACAAUCAAAUAGAUAAAGAUAUAAGGGAAUUGAAUCCUGUUCUUCUUGAAUAUGAUGAUCAAGAUCUUACUAAACUAGUAAAAAAGAGCAUUCUCCCUGAAAAAAAGAAACAUUGUGUAAUAACAUAUAACAAGACAACAUUAGCCGCAAAUGAUGAUGAGAAAACAGGAUGGGGCCCCAAAGGUGAACAUAAAUUACAUCAAAAAGGACAGGGCAGGUGCAUUCACAUUAGUGAAUUUUUGUGUGAACCACUGGGCCAAGUUCAUUUAACUGAAGAACAGCAUGCAGCUUAUCCCGAAAUUUCAAAAUAUUACAUUAUGAAGUUAUUAGAAAUUGGAGUGAAUUAUGAAGGUUAUUGGAAUGUUCAAUUGCUAGCUAAGCAACUUGAACAGGCAAUUGACAUUUUGGAAAUUGCACUUCCAGAUACGAUAUUGGUUUUUGGGUUUGAUAACAGUUCCAGCCAUGGAGCCUUCGCUGAAGAUGCAUUAAUAGUAAACAGAAUGAAUGUUGGUUAUGGUGGUAAACAACCCAAAAUAUGCCCUGGUCGAUUUUCUGAUAGCAUGUUUCAAGAAAUAGUUUUUUCAUUAAAUCAUCCAGACGAAAAAAAAGGGGUCAACCAAAAGGAAUUAAGGAGGUAA